CAUUCAUGACUGUUACCGCAUAUAGCCUCCUUGCCAUGUUGAUAUCUUUGGCACUCAGCUAUGAGCAAUUAAAGGCGAUUUAGAAAUAUGUUACGGUGACUUUGCACACAUUUUACCAAAUCACUCAAUAACGUAACGUUAAUUUCACAAGUGUGUUCUGCUGAAGUUGAGGCGUAAAAGCUAAUGUUAACAUAGAUUAGCUAACUAACUGCGUGUCUGUGCUGUGGAUGCCACCUGUAAACUUAAUAAGCACCAUCUGUGACACCACCUGAAUAGCAUUGUCCGGCAAGUGAGCUAACACAGGAGCUGUCACAAUGAGGAUUUUAAGGUUUCUGAGGAACAGCGUGUCCAUAGGAAAGGACAUUGACUAUUACUCGAAAUUUUCACCCUCUCCUCUGUCAAUGAAGCAGUUUCUGGAUUUUGGCUCAGAAAAUGCAUGUGAGAAAACAUCAUUUGCCUUCCUCAGACAGGAAUUACCUGUGAGGUUGGCAAACAUCAUGAAAGAGAUCAACUUGUUGCCAGACAACUUGCUGAGGACUCCAUCGGUGCGUUUGGUCCAGGGCUGGUACAUGCAAAGUUUUCAGGAGAUUCUUGAGUUCAAAGACAAAAAUGCAGAUGAUGAGAAAGUCACAUAUGAUUUCACAGAUGCGGUAAUAAAGAUCAGAAAUCGGCACAAUGAUGUCAUUCCGACCAUGGCUCAGGGAGUUGUGGAGUACAAGGAGACCUACGGCACAGACCCAGUCGUCAGCCAAAAUCUUCAGUAUUUUCUAGAUCGUUUCUACAUGAGCAGAAUAUCCAUCAGGAUGUUGCUCAACCAGCACACUCUCCUCUUUGGUGGGAAGGUGAAGGUGAACCCAGCUCAUCCCAAACAGAUCGGCAGUAUUGAUCCAAACUGUCGUGUCAGCGAGGUUAUCAGAGAUGCCUACGAAAAUGCACGAACCCUUUGUGACCGGUACUACAUGAACUCUCCUGAGCUGGUGCUGGAGGAAUUCACAGUCAACCCCACCUCUGUGGUCUAUGUCCCAUCUCAUUUGUAUCAUAUGGUGUUUGAACUUUUUAAGAACGCCAUGCGGGCCACCAUGGAGUUAUACGGCGAUGCCAUGGAGUAUCCUGCUAUCCAUGCUCAGGUCGCCCUGGGAACUGAAGAUCUGACAGUCAAGGUGAGUGAUCGCGGAGGAGGCGUGCCGCUGCGCAAGAUUGACCGGUUGUUUACCUACACGUACUCCACAGCUCCUCGACCGAGCAUGGACGGGGCCCGUGCUGCUCCUCUGGCUGGUUACGGGUACGGCCUGCCCAUCUCUCGACUGUACGCCCGGUACUUUCAAGGGGACCUGAAGCUGUACUCUCUGGAGGGUUAUGGAACUGAUGCUGUGGUCUACAUUCGGGCACUCUCCACAGAGUCCAUUGAGAGGCUCCCUGUGUACAACAAGUCGGCCUGGAAACAUUACAAGACAAUUCACGAGGCCGACGACUGGUGCAUCCCCAGCAAAGAGCCAAAGGACAUGACAACGUUUCGCAGUUUCUAGAGCCAAAUAACUGGCGCCGUGUGUGUGUGUGGCCACACACAGGUCAAU